AUGGAAGGCGAUGGCGAAGAGGGUGGGCGUGUUCGGAGCAAGAGGAGGGGGGAAGAGCUGGAGGCCCUGCUGUUGAGUGAGGUCGAGCAGGUCUCCUCGGCGCUAGACGCUGCGCGACGAGUGGAUGAUGUCAUCUGCGCCCUCCACUCCCUGGCCCUCUCCCUCUUCCCCGUCGACUCCGCCAUCGUGGAAGGUCCGAAUCCCACCCUCCCUCUCUACAGCUCCGCCCGCUUCACUGCCUGGUGUGUGUCCUAGCUUGCCCUGAGGUCAGCGGAUCACCUUAUUGUGCUUUUGGAAUUCCAGGUUGCCUCGACGAGCACCACAGGAAUCAGGUACUGGUUAUACUUUCUCCGUAUGCUGAUUCUGGGAUCUCUGCGGUUCAAAUGAAGAUGAUUCUCUUACGGAAGUUGACUGCCGAUCAUUCAGCCUUCUGGAGUCAUUCUCCAACAUCUUACUGAAUAUCGCCGGCCUUGCUUUGUUUUCUUCUCUUGUUUUUUCAAAUUCUUCUUCUUGAUCCAUUGAGAACAUAAUUUCCAAGUUUAUGUGCGAUUAAAAUAUUGCAUAGGAACUAUUUUUUGAGCUCUACUUCUCUAACUUAGUUGCAUGCAAUUCAAAAGAAUUUCCUUUUUUCCCUCCCCUAAAGAAGGACGAUUCAAUGGAUUCAUUCAUGAUCUUUGAACUCCCGUGAAGUCUACAGUGCUUCAAACAAAUCCUGUUUGCUUAGUUUUACCAUUUGUAUUUCAAUGGCAAGAUUUCCAUCAACACGAUUUUUUUUGUUGAACUCUGCUCUCUUACCUAUGUUGCCUGACGCUCUAGGAAGUUUAUUUUCCUCUUCAUCCAUGGCAAUGGGGUGGGGGAGGAUAUAUGGGCCUACUCUUUCCUUCUCCUUUUUCUUUUUGUUUUUUUUGGAAAUCGGAGUCAGUAUUGCCUUGAAUUAUGCAAGUAUUUAUUCUUCUCACAUCAGCUUUAUACAUAGAAACAUGCUUAUUUUAUAUAUUUUUCUCCAGAUCAUCUGUGCCCAGGUUCCUGACGAGGUUGAAAGGGAUGAACGUUACCAUGCUUUUUAUCAAGGAGUUUCAUUUCCAACAAUGGCAAGGAUUUUACUUUACAGUAAGUCAGUAGCGACCAAUCUUCUUGAUGUUUUGAUCCCAAGGAAUAGAGGCUGGGGUUGCUCUUCAAUCUGUCUUCCUGGCAUAAAUUAGCGAUAGAAAUGGAAAUUUGUAUUUCAUCGCAUAAUUUUGAUGAAUAGAGAACCCUUCUUGGGCUAUCUUUUCAUAUCUUCCUUCCUUUUUUCAGAUGCGGCAAUUUUUAUUUUUUUUAACUGUGGAUAAAAUUAACAAAUUUUGGGCUUUUUACCCAAUUUUUUUAUCGAUGAUAGAAAACUUUUGGUAGUCAUUUUGCGGUCAUUAUAAAAUCUCCAUAGCUCAAGCAGCUUUUAUGAUAUCUCAGUUACCACUGUGGUAGAUUUUCUGCUUCUUUCCAGGUGAGUCUCUGCGCCAAUAAUUGAUUUAUUUAGGUAGAGGGUGGAAUCUCCGAUAACCUAGUCAUUAUGAUACCGAUUAUCUAUUCUAUGCUAGUGAAUUUUGUGAAGGUAUGGUAUGAUGUUGGAGAUGGAUGUAUGCCAUACCUAGGGAAUCGUUUGUCCUAAAUAACUGUGUAAAACUCAGAUGUGUCCUCGUAUUGUUAAAAAUCCAGAGUACAAUUAUGCAUUUUAAGAGGGAAAGAGGCUUGUACUCCAACUCUGAUCGUAACAGGGCUAUUAAACAUUGGAGGAUGUAAUCCUGAUAUUGGAGAAUAGCACUCAUAAAUAUUUUUUCGUUGUUUACCAGUUAAUGAGUUAAGUUGAUGAAAUAGGAUAAUUUUUGUUGUCAUUUAGGAAACCACACUAACUAUUCUUGCACUUUUAAGGAAACAUAAUAUAUAAUAAUAUCGGGGGACAUGAAAAUAGCCCAUCUCCAUUACCCCCAACAAACUGGGUUGUAAAAGACAUGAUAAAAGGCUCCCCUGCUAUUAUUCUAGAGACCUUAGAAUAGAUGCCCCACUUAUUCCUCCCCUUUGUGUUGGAGACUGCUUUGAAAAGGCAUCAGUUUCUUUUCUUCCAAAUAAAUUUCACAAUGAUGAAAUGGACUAAACUAUUGUACUCCAGAUUUCAAGAUUGCAAGGAAUUGAUGGACUUCUUUAGUUCAAAUGUGGAAAAUGACUGGUAAUGAUAUUUUUCUUUGACAGAUAUUGCCUCGAAUUGGCUAUCAUGCUUUCCUUUAUCAGCAAGGGAGCAAAUUUAUGAUUCAUUCUUUCUCAAAGGACCAGCUUGUGAGAGUGUGGAGGCUUUAAUCUGCAGUUUUAGUGCAAGUAGAUCUGUUGAAGAUGUUAAUCUUGAUGUUGUCUGCUCCAAUAUUGAGCGGUAUUGACCAUCUACAAUGCUAUUGUCUAUUUGAGUUUUAUCUGUAAUUUUCCUUAAGUUUAUAUGAUAUAAUUAGCCUUUGGUCAAAAAUACCAUGUGGAAAAAAAAUCAAAUAACAUUUUCCUUUGGUAAUUUAUUUUUCAUGAAAAUUCUGCCCCUCCAUUCUAUCAUUCACAUCUCUCCUGUAGUUUCGCAAGUAUGAUGUUUUUGAAGGUAUUAUAGUAUGUGUGCUGGGCUCAAAAGAUUGACCUGUAAGGUAUUAUACCACUGGAAGGUAGGUGAGAAAAUUUAUGAAGAGCUGGAAGCAUUGGUGUGCAACAAUUGAACCUGUUCUUAUCCUGAAGAAGAUUUAUCAAUGGUGAUCCAGUUGAGAGUAAUUUGAAUUGAAGAGCAACUUCGCAAGUUGCGAUUUGAAGGUUCCACGAAUGUGUAGGCCGUGAACUAACGUUUUACCUUUGUGUUUUUCUUGUUUUUAUGGGAUGUUUCUGUUUGAGGGUUCAUGACUAAUUUUCUUUGGCUGAUCUUUUCUAGGUUGUUGCUACUUUUCUUUUGCUCUCUGUCUUCUUCAGUUUUGUAGAACACUGCACUUUCUGUUAUAGUCGAUUCUGAGUGGACUGAUGUAGUCCAAAUACUGUUUUGGACUCCAUCUCUUCAUGUUUCCCCCUCCAAAUAUGAUUUUCGUAAUAUUAGCACUUGCUUGAGGGUGGUAUCUCAGUUUUGGUUAACUAAACUGGCUCACAAGUCAUUAAAGCCGUCUUACACUAUGCUUUGCAUAACCAUUUUCUGUCCAUGAAAUUUAUUUCCAUGUAUCUCAAGUGGUGAAAUCUCUUAUUGUAAUAAAAUUAUCACCUUACAUCAUUCAUACGUCAUUCCUAUGACCUCUUGUUAUCAUGUGUCUUAGAGUUUAUUGCUGACUGGGGAUUGGACACGUGUAUGGUCUAUAUUUGUAUGCCGUUAUUCCUGGGCCCUUUCAAGGAGACGAAUCCAUGGUCCUUGAGUCACGUUAAAUAUUUUCCCUAUUCAGUGAAGAAGGAUAUAUUUACUGGAGGGUGUCUGGACGAAUUCUAAAUGUUAAGGCAAUGAUGUAAUCUUUGUUAUUGUGGGAAUGUUGGGGAACAGUAAGGAUUGUCCUUAAUCAAAGUUGACUGUGAUUGUUUGGAUCCUCCUAAUGCUGUGAACCUACAUAUGUAUAACGUCUAUUAUCUGUGCUUAUUGUCUAUAAACUGCUGUUUUUCUGAAAAAUCGGUUGUUAUAUUUAUUCUGUUCUGUAUGUGAUAUUUUCUACUAGAGGUAUGCUGCAUAGAUCAGAUAAUAAUGUAUGUAUUCGAAUUGCAACUUCACAGGAUAUUGGUACUAUCCUUGCUUAAAAAUGGAGUGUACAGCAUUGCUUUAGAAUUUGGAGAUUCCUGUGGCAAUGAGGAAUAUGUCUAUGGAUUUCUCAAACAAAAUAGAUCAACAUCAAUAUCUAGGAUGUCGCAACUUCUUGCAUCAGUUCCUGAUAAAGCUAGACCACGGGCUCCAGACACACUUUCUGCACAGUAUCCUUGAACGGCUAAAAGUUUUUGUAUAAAAUCGUUAUCUUGAUCUUUCAUCAACUUGGAGCUGCACUCUAUAGCUUGGCAUAUCUCAUCAUCUUUCCUUCUGGAUGAUUCCGAGUUUCUAAGUUCCAACGGCACAGCAUGGCUGGAUUUUUGAUUCUGUUGUAUGUAAUGUAUACUAGUUGCGGUUGGCAUUUUUAUCAUUUUUAUUUGUGCAUCCUUGGAAUAAAGUUCAUUUCAUCUUCCAUAUAAUCAUCAUCGUCGUCAGUGCAAUCCUAUCUCAACAACAUAGAUUCAGUUGAGUUUCAGAAGAAAAUAUUUUGGACUGGAAAAAAGUUUAUCAGUUACUGCCUGAUGUGAACUGUGUUGUUGCUCCAUCCUCUCCUUCAUAAAUGAUACAAUUCUGAUUGCAGCAUGUAGACAUGACAAGUUUGUCAUUGGGACUUUGCGAAUGCAGUCCUAUCUUGGACAUGCCAAUAUCAAUCCAACUUGUUUGAGGCGGACUGCAUACUCUGUAGAAUGUAUACUCGAGACAAUAGGAAAAUAUACAAUUGCACGACCAUCAAACCAUUUAGCUGUUUUUAACAAGACAUAUAACUAGGCAUGCUCACAAAAAAGGAACAUCAGAAGGUUAGAAGUCUUUUUGAAGUCUUGCACAAUUUCAGAAGCCUCAGUCCAGCGGAUGAAGCUAAUGGACACUAAUGACUACCCUUUUUCUUUCAUUUGAAUUUUUUCUUGACUUGAUGUUAGCUUGUUCUUCAAGCAUAUUGCACUUCAACUUCUGUCUGCAGCAUAUGAAAAGGCUUUACAGAUACAUGAUAAAAGAUACAGCCUGGAUGAAGCUUCUGUCAAUGGCACUUUCGCAUUUAUUGGUGAAACAUUUGCAAGAAUAUGUCGACGUGGAUCUGCAGGUGCUCUUACACACUAGCAUGUGUACUCUGUCUAGUGCAAUAUAGUUAGCCUGACUCAAUAAUUGCCAGAAUCUGUUGUACGUUAGUCCUUACAAAACUCAAAUUGCAAAUGAAUAUCAGGGACCAGCAGGUUUCAUGUGCAAGGAGAAGUGUCAUAAACCUCAACAUUAGUUUGAUGGUUUUAAACAUCAAUAAGAUGUAUGGACUCAAGAGUUCUUGAAUGAUCCAUGUGCUGGGAUUUAGAUGUGUUGUUUGCAAUUAUUUAGUGAAAAUUCACCACUUACCUCCAACUACACGUAACAAUCUGUUUAUCAUCAUUCUGGGCAUUCCUCUUUUACAUACUGUAUUAUUCUAGCUCAUAGUUAUGUGACUAUCAACAUUACCUAAAAUAUAGUGUACUAGGAUCAAAGACGUCCAAGCACACCUAUUUUCUUCCAUCAAAUAUGAUAUUUUGUCAAAUAAUGACGUGUUUGACAGACAGUAAUUUUGGUCCCAUGCAAAGUUCGGUGAAAUAUCGAGUAAUACUAUAUACUUUUUGCAGUUUCAGAUUCGUCACCAAACUGCGUUCAAAAAUUUAUGCUGAAAAAUUCAAUGAUUAUCUCAAAUUAUUUGAUUUUAAUAUCUCGAAAACUCAUCUGAGACGAAGCUCAUAUCAAAAUAAUGUCUGAAAUUUUAUCCUCAUCAGCUAUUGAAUGCCUGUAACAUCUAACCUGUUUUGAUUCAGUGGAAACUGCUUUGUUUUUUAUACACUUCAUUAUCCUUUUGGCAUAAAUUGUUUUUAUUUUACAUUUUCUGAUGAUUUAAUGUUCUUUGUCCAGAUGUCCUGGUUCUUAUUGUGACACCAAUGAUGCUUGAUCAUGUCCGGAGUUGCUUUUCAUCAUGUUGUGAUUCUAGUGCAUCUGACUUGAUUGAAUCUAGACCUGAGUCUGUAUUUUGGUUCUUGCUAAUGGAGGAAAUAAAAGACUCAUAUGCUGUAGAAAGGUUGUCUGAAAUGUUGCUUCACCGGCUAGCUACGCAAAAUAUCAAAGAUGAAGAAGCAUAUUGGAUACUUUGGAUGUUGUUUCACCGGACCUAUAAGAACAAUGUAGCUACUAGGUAUGCUUGCAUUUUUUCUGUUCUUUUUCCUCAAUUAGUGGUUUUUGGCGACGAGUUGGUCAAUAUAAUUUCCCAACUAUUUACAAUAGUUUUCAUUUUCUUUAACUGGGCCACUUCGGCAUACUGAAGUGCAACUUGGUUACAAUGCUGCCAGCUAGUAGUUUUAUUCACAUCACUUAUUCUGAAUGAGCUUAGCAUGGGAUUUUUUUCAUAUUUAUCUUUUAACCUUCACAUCGAUAGGUCAAUUAUUCUAUGCCCUUGCAACUCAUUGACAAUAAUCUUUUUUUUAUGAUCUCAACUUCUCUCUUUCAACUUCUGUGUUAAAGAAAAUGAACGUUGGUAAGUCAUACUGAAUCUAAUGACGGACAAGGCUGACCUCUUCAUCUGUGCAGUGGUUUGGGGAGGAAAUUCAAUCAAUGUACUGCAUGAUAAAGUAUGCUGUGGGUGUGAAUGUAACGGGGAUAGAAUGAAUGGAGGAUAGGAUGUUGUUAUUCAAGGUGAAAAGAGGCUGGUGCAGACAUUCUAGAUAGAGGUUUCACCUGAAAAAUACUUUUGGGCGGAUCCACAUAAUCUGCGUUCUGAAAAAAGAGAAUAGUUAUGCAGGAGGUUGAGCUUUUGUGCUUGCAAAACGGAAGUUUUAUGGUUGCUAUCUCAGUAGUGGGAAAAUCACAGAGGACAUCUGGAGGUUUAUUGAUGAUGGAUCAGCCACUUAUUAAGUUCUCCAAUUGGUAUAACAGAUCAAUGAAUUCGUCUGGUCUUCCAUCCUGUCUUGUGAGUUAUGAAAUGAAUCCAAGAUGAUUAUCAAAUUCAAACUUGAGUUUUUUCUGAGUUGACAUAGAUAACCUGGAGAAAAAUGGCAGUAGAAGUUCCUACCUCUAUGAAAAAUUUGAGUUUUGUCUUAUGACCUGUGGAGAAGGGGAAUCCAUGAAGAUAACCAGUUUCCUUUAUGCUUAAUUUAGGCGUCCCCAAUGUGGAGACUAAAAUGGAAUUUUCCUUUCAAAGGUAGCUUCCAUGUUUAUGCAUUGAUCCCAAUGUGGAUUUAAUGUUUCUAAAAAUUCAUGAUAUGACGUCGAUAACACUAAAUGAAGAGGGUUUUAAGAUGCUGGCACCUUUCUGUGUUCUUGGAUGCCUCAUCCAUGGAAAAUGGAGAAUUGCUAUGAAGUGCCAUGUAAGCCAUUAGUAUAAUGCUGACAUUUUUCGCUUGGAAGACUAUGGCUGUCAAUGGAGGGAAUAAAAGAGGGGGAAGAAAAUAAAAAUGAAAAGUAACUGGCAAAGCCAAUGUUGUUGGGAGGGAUAUGAAGAUUCGCAUCUUCUUUUUUUUUUUCUCUUUCUUUUGUUGUGAACCCUCUUUGGUUUCUCAUCUACGCACCCACCCUGCUCUACAUAUUCUUUUAUUGUUCGUAUUGCCCAUGUUCUAUGGUUCCAUCGUCACCAGGAAGAAAAAAAAAGAGAGGAAAAACAAAAACCCUGAAAAACCCCACGAAGGCAAUAAGUAAGAGGAUUGGAUCUAUAUUUCUAAUUAGUGGUGUUCCUAACAGUUGGGCCCUCAUACUCUGAGCUGACUUAGCAUCUAUGGUUAUUGAAGCUGGAACUGUGCCUGAGUUAGUCAAGGACAUAUACUGCAGAUGUUUCUGCUAUUUACCGACAGUGAUGACUGAUUUAAUAGCAUCUACUUUAUGUCACCCAAUUUUCAAGUCUUAUUUCUUAGUCAAAUAAAGUAUCUAACAUGUAAGCUGUUGCUUGGUCUUUUGUCCCCUGUGAAUUAACUUCAUUAUAUGGGAUAUUGUUGUCUUUAUUAUUAUUAUUUUUUGUUGUGUUGAAUUAUUUAUCCCUUAUUAACUUAAGUUGAAUGUACAUUGAAGAUCAAUCGCGAUUUCACAUUUACAUUGAAUGCAUUAAAUUAUUUUAAGCUCUUCUUAAGCAUCAUUAUUUCUACUCCCAAAUGUUACCUUCAGAGACUCAUCUUGAAAAUUUCCAUCAGGGCUAUGUUCUCUGAGAAGUUUCUACUCUGGAAAGUGUUUCCUAUACGUUGUCUCAAAUGGGUUCUUCAAUUUUCUGUUCUUGAAUGCAACCCAUCUGUUGGUACUGAGAGGAUGGGGCAAAACAGUGAAAGAUUCCUGGAGAUUGUGCAGUGUAUGAUUGGUUUGUGGUCCAAACGUGAAUUUGUUCAAUCAACCUCCAUGGAACAGCAAGCGUGUAUCCUUUUUAGCUGCUCACCUUCCCCCCCCCUCUGAUCCAUUCCAAAAUUAAGUUCUUUAACUUGAAACUGUAGACCUAACUGCUGCUGUCGGCUUAUCUCUGGAGAGGAUGUCAAAAGAAGAGUUAGAAUCCACUAAAAACGUGUUGCACUCAAUUCUUGAGGGAGUUAGCUGUAAUUUCUGAACACAAACCAUGAAUGAUAAUCUUCCUACUAGCCACGUUAAUUUUUCAAAAUUCCCCUCUUCUUUUUUUUUACACAGGUAGGCUUGAGAGCCCAGACAAUCUGGUGCGGAAGAUGGCUAGUGCUAUUGCUCUUGUUUUCUCUAGAAUUAUCGAUCCAAAACAGCCCCUUUACCUUGAUGAUAGCUUUGGUGAUGUGAUCGACUGGGAAUUUGGGCAAAAGGCUCUGUCCUCUGUUUCUCUUAUUGAAACGCCCUCUGGCAGAGAAUCGAUGAAAUCCAGUGAAUCGAACAGUGGUGUUAGUCAGAAGAGACACAAGGGUAGGAACAAUAAUCUAGAACGUGAUGAUUUUCGUAUUCCAGAAUCCAGAUUACUUGAUCCCGAUGAAAUCAUUGACCCAGUGGUGCUGUAUGAUGAGAGUUUCCAAGUUCAGAGAGGCUGUGUGGAUGAUGAUUCACUCAGUGGGACUUCUGAAGGUUCAAGUGACUCAUCUUUAAAGCCAUAUGACCUGACAGACGAUUACACAGAUUUGGAGAGAAAGUUCUCUCAGUUGGGUGACAUAAUCACCGCACUUAGGAAGCCUGAUGACCUAGAUGGCGUAAGUACUCUUAUUUUCUCUAACCUGCUGUUACGAAUCAAGGGUGAGUUUUAUAAUGUGAACGAUAUUCUCUUCAGGUGGAAAGAGCGCUUGAUGCGGCUGAAACCCUUGUGAGAGCAUCACCGGAUGAACUCCCUCACAGUGCUGGUGAUCUUGUCAGUUCCCUGGUCCGCCUCCGUUGCUCGGAUCUUUCUGUCGAAGGGGAAGAAGAAUCUGCAGAAGAAAGAAGACAAAAGGCACUUGUGGCAUUACUUGUGAUGUGCCCAUUCGAAUCAUUAGCUGUUCUGAACAAGUUAAUUUAUUCGCCCAAUGUGGACCUGAGCCAGCGCAUCCUCGUUACUGACGUCAUGACCAUCGCUGCCCAAGAGCUCGCUGAUGUUAAGACCCUGAGAUCAAAGACUUGGCGUGCAGAACUAAUAUCGCCCAUCUCUGAGAGGCAGCCUUGGUUCCUUCCCGGCAGUGGAGGGCCACCAGGGGCAGGGCCUUGGAAGGAGGCCUCUCAAACAGGGCCGUACUGGAGUUGGUCCCAUAACUAUGAGAGGGAGCUCCCCGCUAAGCCUGGCCACAGGAAGGGGACCUCGCGCAGGUGGAGCCUCAAAACCGCAACGUCACAGGAUCACGGGGAGGAGGUGUCGAGGAACAGAUUUCCUCUCUAUGCAGCUACCUUCAUGCUCCCCGCAAUGGAAGGGUUUGACAAGAAAAGACAGGGCGUUGACUUGCUGGGCCAAGAUUUUAUUGUUCUCGGUAAGCUCAUCUACAUGCUCGGUACCUGCAUGAGAUGCAUGGCUAGGCACCCAGAAGCAUUGGCUUUGGCUCCUGCUCUUCUUGAUUUCCUGAGAUCUCGGUAAGCGGGCUAAAACAAUCAUACUCUGCUUUUUUUAGUAAUCCUUCAUAAAAUGACAAAGGUCAAACUUGCUUAAAAUAUAUAUGGAUGGUUAAUUUUGUUUUUGAGUUAGAUGAUUGCCCAGUCCUUGAAUUCAAUUAUAUAUUGUUUAAACGGAAUACUUAGCCUCACCCUUAUGCAGGGAGAUUUCGUAUCAUUUGGAAGCAUAUGUCAGGAGAUCCGUUCUCUAUGCUGCGUCCUGCGUCCUUGUGGCACUGCAUCCGUCCUACGUGGCUUCAGCUCUGAUUGAAGGCAACCAGGAGGUCUCAAGUGGGCUGGAGUGGGUCCGCAUGUGGGCCCUCCAAACCGCAGAGUCGGACUCGGACUCUGAAUGCUAUUCGGUCUGGGUCCAACAUUUUUGUCUUCGUUUUCUCUUCCGUAUUACGCUCUCAGCUUCAAUCCAACGCGCCAUUUUGUUCACUGCAAAGUUAUCGCUAUUGUUUCUGGUGCAGAUGGCUAUGAAAUGCCUUCAACUCCACGCCGAGAUGACCCUUCAAGCUUCUCGGGCCCUCGAGUCAGCCGCGUGUUUCGCAUCAAGAGCAGGCACGGCGCAAUUAAAGACGAAUGAAAUCGUGCUGCCCUUUCCGAGCAGGAGCUUUUAG